AUGGGUAUCAAAAAGAUAUUGAAGAUCAAACCACCGGAAGAGGAAACUCCGGAGCAGAACCGAGAUACGCUAAUGGAACUCGGAAUCACGACUAAGAAUAAAUUGAAACAUAAGAAAGAAAAAUUUGCUGCUUAUGGUAUGUUUGCAAAGGAUAAAGGUGAAGAUAAAGUGUUUGCACCUCCUGGAUAUGAACAAUAUGCCACACCUGAGGAAGAAUUAAAUGACCUGAAUGAGUCGCCCGUGGAUCUGGAAAAGGAUAGUGAACAUAAACAUAAGAAGAUACCGAAAUUGCAUUUAUUUAAAAAGAAGAAACACCAUAAUCAUGAGCAUGAUAGUUUAGCAUCACCAAAUUCGAAUAAGAGUGACCCAUACGCAGUGAAUCCUGAAGCACGUAACUAUUUUGAAGAUCCAUAUUCCACAUUUAAUGAUACUGAACCAGGAAAUAACUAUACACCCCUUGUUAAUCCUGAAAGGGUCCGCAAAGAGCUGAACCCACCUGUUGAUCCGUAUACAAACCCAGGUUCUCAUUUCCAAAAACAUGAAGAAAGUACUUCACCAUCAUCUCUCCCGAGAACACCUUUGGGGUCACCCACCAUACCUAAGAAUGAGAGAGCCAUAAACCUGACUCCAAUGUCACCUCCUUCUUCUUCAAACAUUUCAAACAUACCAUCACCUUCGCCGCACAAGAUUUCGUCACCACCUGUACGUUUACCUCCCCCUGCAAGCAGGACGCCAGUGAGAACGAACCCCUAUGAGAAUAUGUCAUUAACUCCUACACCCUACGUCAAAACGAAUAGUACAAGCACUGAGAAUCCAUAUGCAACCAUGACUGCUGAUUCUUAUGGCAUGAAUCCCGGUUCAAUCGCGCCCACUGCUGGCAGUGAUAACAUGGAAAGAACCGUCACAGCGGAUUUGAACGAGAGUAAGUUGCAUUUGUUAGGUGAUGAUAGGUUUGAUUUUGAAGAUCAGUAUGAACCUAUCAAGGAGGAGGAUGCCAAUGCUGUGACACUUGAUGAUUUAAACGCUACUGUGGAUGACAGGGGAGACGAUUUGAAUGCUGAGCCCACAUGGCAGAUACAGGAGGAAGAGACAGUUCCCUUGACAGCACCACAACAAACACAAGAACAAGAUUAUAAUUAUUAUGAGGAGCCCCGUGUAGUUCCUCCUCAAGAACAGAAUGUUGGUCGAGGUUAUCAGACGUUUGAAGAAGUACAAAGGGAAGAGGAGGCAAGACAACAACAGGAUGAAGAUGAAGCUGUUGAUGAAUUGAAGCAGAAUAUAAAAUUCACUAAGCAGAGUUCAGUUGCAUCCACUAGAAAUACGUUGAAGAUGGCUCAAGAGGCGGAAAUGUCAGGAAUGAAUACAUUGGGGAUUUUAGGUCAUCAAAGUGAACAAUUAAAUAAUGUGGAAGGUAAUUUAGAUUUGAUUAAGAUUCAAAAUUCUGUUGCGGAGGAUAAAGUUGAUGAGUUAAAGAAAUUGAAUCGUAACGUUUUGGCGAUUCAUGCUAAAAAUCCAUUUAAUGCGAAGAGAAGACGUAUGGAACAUGAAGAUGAAUUGAAGGCUCGCCGUUUGGAGGAACAGGCAAUGUUACAAGCUACUAAUCAACAAAUAGCCAAUUCCACUCAAAGAAUAUCUAAUGCUUUAACAGAAAAUAGUAAACCCAGUCUAAUACAAGAAAAAUAUAAACGUCAAGAGGUACUGAAUCGUGCCAAGAAGUAUCAAUUUGAAAAUGAUGAAGAAGAUGAUGAUAUGGAGGUUGAGAUUGAUAGAAAUUUAGAUCAAGUGCAACAAAUUAGUGGUCGAUUAAAGAAAUUGGCUAUUUCUACGGGAGAGGAAUUAGAUUCUCAACAAGAACGUUUGAAAGAUGUGGAAGAAAACACAGAUAAUCUUGACAUCAAGCUUAAUACUAAUACAACGAAAUUAAGUAGGAUAAUGUGA